AUGCCAAACCCAGCUCUCCAAAAACCACCAACAUUCACGCUUGGGAAAAGCCUCAUCGCACUUGUCAAUCUCGUCACUUUAUUCGGACCUUAUCUAGCAGAUUGGAACAAAACACACAUCUACAACCCCAACUGGCCCCCACACGCCCGCUACCACAAUGGCCAAACCAUGUCACUAGGUCUUUUUGUGGGGGUUAUAACUUUCUACAUCCUCUUCUUCCUUUUACCCUCCUUAGCCUCCUCUGACACCUACCCACCCUCCCGAUCCCCCUCCUCCACCAAACUUCAACAAGUCCACUUGAAUUGGGUCUUGGUAUUGCAGAACUUGAUGUACAUUUCUAGUCUGAGUGGGAUCUUGUAUCCGGGUGCUGGAUGGACGGAUCCAGAGUUUGGCGAUGGGAAACCGCAGGCGUAUGUUUUUCCUUGUUUGGUCGGGGUGCUGUGGGUGGGGUGGUGGGUUGAGAGGAGGAGGAUUGAGAGGGUUGCGCAAGGCAAGAAGGAGUAA